GAGUCUUCUUCUACAAACCUCCGCACUCGUUCAACCACUACAAGCGUUUCUCUGCGAAAUUGGUCUGAGAAAGUGAGAGAGACUGAGAAUGGCUACGUCGUCGUCGUCGUCGUCGUCGGCAGAGGUGGUAACAGAGAGAAGAGGAAUACCUGGAGCUCAGUUCGUAGAAGAUGUGCAGACCUAUCUCACCCAGACCGGCUUCGACUGUAACUCUGCCCUCGCUUUUCUCCAAGAAAGACUUCAGCAAUACAAAAUGGUUGAAAUGAAACUUCAAGCUCAACAAAGGGAACUUCUGGCAAAGAUUCCUGACAUUGAGAAGUGCUUAGAUGUUGUUGCCACGUUGCAAGCUAAGAAGGGUACUGGUGAGGCACUUAUUACUGAUUUUGAGAUCUCUGAAGGCAUAUAUUCACGAGCUAGCAUUGAGGAUACUGAUUCAGUAUGUUUAUGGCUGGGAGCUAAUGUCAUGUUGGAGUAUUCUUGUGAAGAGGCUACUGCCCUUCUACGAAAGAAUUUAGAUAAUGCUAAAGCCAGUUUAGAAGUUCUUCUUGCUGAUCUACAGUUCUUGAGAGAUCAAGUAACAAUUACCCAGGUAACAAUUGCUCGGGUGUACAACUGGGACGUUCAUCAGCGCAGACUCCGACAAGCUUCCCCUUCUGCUAAGGACUCCUGAGUUGAAUCUUCACUACCACCUAGUUGGCAGUAUGGUUCAAUUCCGAACUCUUUCAGCACGAUAUGGAUAAUCUUCAUUUUAUUUGUGAGAAUUGUAUCUCUUCAAAAUUCACCCGGCAAGUUCCAUAUACCAUCUAUUGUGGUGGUAGGAUAUAUGUUAUAUCAUUAUAGGACCAGUUUUGAUACAUGGAAUAUGAUCAGCUUGUUAGUUAGUUAGCGUGUGCAAACUUGAGUUUUAGAUUGAUGGCAAGCGAUUUGACACUCCAGUUCUUGUCUUGUUAUAAUUUGAUCGUUCUUGUUACCUAAUCUAUA